AUGGCGAUGCGAGCUUUCUCUCGGUGGAGAGUCCGGAGCCUCUCCCAUUCGAUCCUCCGGCUGAUCUCCUCGCCCACCAGCGAGGCUUCCUCCCGCCUGCCCAGCGCCGCGGCCCCGCAGCUCCGCCUCCGCCCGUUCGGUCGGCCCUACCACGACGGCCGUCCGCGGGGGCCGCUAUGGAGGGGGAAGAAGCUCAUCGGAAAGGAGGCCCUCUUUGUGAUCCUCGGCCUGAAGAGGUUCAAGGACGACGACGAGAAGCUACAGAAGUUCAUCAGGUCGCACGUCCUGAGGCUGCUGAAGAUGGACAUGAUCGCCGUGCUCAACGAGCUCGAGCGGCAGGAGGAGGUCGACCUGGCGCUCACGGUGCGCACGCGAUUCUCCCAUCCCUCUCGGAUCGAUCCGCCGGCCUGAAUGCCUUAGACUCCCUCCGAUCUGAAUGAUUCCUGACCGAUUAAUCUGGCGUUUCUGUUCCUGGACUCGCACGAUCUGAAUGAGUUUGUGUUCGUGAUUUGGGGCAGACGAAGUCGAUUUGGCGUUGACGGUUUCUCCUCCAUCUUGCUCCGUGCUUCCAGAUGUCAGAAUUUCUUGCUUUCCUCUUAUUGUUGCAUCAAAUCAGCAGUUCUUCCUCCAGUCGUUUCGUGAUUCGGAUUAAUCCCACCGAACUCUCCUCUUCUAGAUCAAAUCAGGUCGCCUCUUUCUAGUUUUCGUCCUGAAUCAGCAGUUCUUCUUCAGUUCUUCCGUGAUCAGGUUUAACGCUGAAUUCCUGCUGUAGCACUCCGUGGCGUCUUCUGUCUCUCCUUCUGGUUCUCUAUUCGAUGAUCUUCCCUGCCAUUGCCGAGCACGAAACCGGAUUCUUCCCUAAAUCUGUGGAAACAAAGAGAGAAUCAAUGAGGAUCGGGGUUCUGUUCUUGCUGAUAAUGGGAGCGAUCUCCCUUAAAAUUCUGCAGAUCUUUAAGGUGAUUCAGGGGGAGAGCUGGUACAAGCCUGACGUGUACCUGUACAAGGACCUGAUCGUCGCCCUCGCCAAGCGCAAGAAGAUGGAGCAGGCGAUGGAGGUGUGGGGCUCCUUGAAGGGGGAGGGCCUCUUCCCCGACUCGCAGACCUACGCGGAGGUCAUCAGGGGGUUCCUCCGGCACGGCUCACCGGCGGACGCCAUGAACAUCUACGAGGACAUGAAGAGCUCGCCAGAGCCGCCGGAGGAGCUGCCCUUCAGGAUCCUGCUCAAGGGCCUGCUGCCCCACCCACUCCUGAGGAACAGGGUGAAGCAGGACUUCGAGGAGAUGUUCCCCGACCGCCACGUCUACGACCCCCCCGAGGAGAUCUUCGGCCUCCAGUGA